AUGGCCCAAUCUAAUACACUAACUCUGCUCCAUUUCGGCGCAGGUAACCAUGCAGAAAAUCCCGAAAAAUUCAAGCGUUUGUUCAAAAAGGCCCUGAAGUCGAGAUGUCCACAGCCGAACGGAACAGACAACGUUGUCUCACAGAUUCGCCAACUGAUCGCCGUUUCCUCAGUCAUAGAGGACAGCUCGCUGACCAACACAGGAGUGACGUCCUCAAUUGCUCGAGAUGGAUCAAUCCAGUCCGAUUCAAGCAUUUUUAUCUACGACCGAAUAGCUAAAAAACACCAUCAAUCGUCGCUAUUAGCUAACACGGCAGCACGGCCCAUUGCUGAAUGUGCGAAUCAGUACUUUGCGCAGCAGAAAAAAAACGAUCUUGGGCUCACACCCCCGGUGACCCUCGUGGGGGUGACCGACCACGAUAUCAAGAUUAGUGACCGCAUGAGCCAACUUUAUGAAAGGUACAAAAACGAACUUGACCAAAUAGAUUCAAUCGAGAAAAAAAUAGCCUCCUCCAUAAUCACAGACACCAUCGGCGUCUCGGUGAUUGACAAAUACACAGCAUCCACUGGAGUCUCGUCGGGCGGCAGUCUGUUCAAAAAACCCGGAAGAAUAGGAUGUUCGGGCAUAAUCGGGGCCGGCUGCUACACUGCACAAAAAGACGGUGCCCUGGUUAAUGUUCUCUGUUCAGGAAACGGCGAGGACAUCAUCCAGAUGGACCUUGCGCGGUCUGUGUGUCGCCACAUUCUUGCCAAUUGCCACCGCGGACACCUCGUAUGCGAUCUUGCAGCAGAGGCGGUUUACGACGCAGCGCAGGAGGUGGAUCUGCGGGCCCUGGACGACAAUUUUAAUCCGAGGCUGUAUGUCGGAGUAGUUGGCUACUUUGAGUCGCCGGACCAGUUCCAGACGGUUUUCUAUUUCCACACCACGGAGACAUUUGUGUUUGGCUACGCCACAGGCCUGUCCAGUGAAUUUUGUUUCAGCAGACGCCCGAAAUUACAGGCUGCCACCAAAGGUCAAAUGUACGUUAAGUAA